ACCCGGGCGCGUCCCCGCCGCGCAGAGCCGCGCUGCCGCAGGGAGCCGCCGGCGGGAUGAGCGGGAGCGGCGCCCCGGGGCCCGGCGCGGCUCCUUGCCGCUUCGCUCACUACUUCGUGCUGUGCGGCAUCGACGCGGAGAGCGGGCUGGAGCCCGACGAGCUGGCAGUCUUGUACAAAUGGCUAGAAGCAGAACUCCAUGGCAAGAGCUCAGAUACUGCAGACAAAACCUCAGGAGAGAAUUUCGACCAGAGUCCCUUAAGAAGAACCUUCAAGUCCAAAGUUUUGGCCCAUUAUCCUCAGAACAUUGAGUGGAACCCCUUUGACCAGGAUGCUGUCAAUAUGCUGUGUAUGCCCAAAGGGUUGUCUUUCAGGACACAGGCAGACAACAGAGAUCCACAGCUCCAUUCGUUCAUCAUCACCAGAGAAGAUGGCUCUCGUACGUAUGGGUUUGUGCUCACGUUCUAUGAGGAGGUCACAAGCAAGCAGAUCUGCACAGCCAUGCAAACACUCUACCAGAUGCACAAUGCAGAGCAAUACAGCAGUGUCUGCGCCUCUUCCUCAUGCAGCAUGGACUCCCUGGCCAGCAGCAUCGACGAGGGCGAUGCCACGUCUCUCACCAAGCUCCAGCGGUACAAUUCCUAUGACAUCAGCAGAGACACACUGUACGUCUCCAAAUGCAUUUGCCUCAUCACCCCUCUGCCCUUCAUGCAAGCCUGCAAGAAGUUCCUGAUACAGCUCUAUAAGGCAGUGACAUCCCAGCAGCCACCUCCUCUGCCCCUGGAGAGCUACAUCCACAACAUCCUCUACGAGGUGCCCCUGCCACCCCCGGGGAGGUCACUGAAGUUUUAUGGGGUUUACGAGCCCAUCAUUUGCCAGAGACCUGGGCCCAACGAGCUACCGCUCUCUGACUACCCACUGCGGGAGGUCUUCGAGCUGCUGGGCCUGGAGAACCUGGUCCAGGUUUUCACCUGCGUUCUUCUGGAGAUGCAGAUCCUUCUGUACUCACAAGAUUAUCAGCGGCUGAUGACGGUGGCAGAGGGGAUCACAACGCUGUUGUUCCCGUUUCAGUGGCAGCACGUGUAUGUCCCCAUCCUUCCUGCCUCUCUCCUGCAUUUUCUGGACGCUCCUGUUCCCUAUCUGAUGGGGCUGCAGUCCAAGGAGGGAACCGACCGCUCCAAGCUGGAGCUGCCUCAGGAGGCAAACCUGUGCUUUGUGGACAUCGAUAACCAUUUCAUCGAGCUGCCAGAGGAAUUCCCCCAGUUCCCCAACAAGUUGGAGUUCAUCCAGGAAAUCUCCGAGGUUCUCCUGCAGUUUGGCAUCCCGCCGGAGGGUAACCUGCACUGCAGCGACAGCGCCACCAAACUCAAGAACCUGGUCCUUAGUGACCUGGUGAACGACAAAAAGAACGGGAACAUCCCCAGCAACGCCCUCAACAUGUACGAGCUGCUGAAGGGCAAUGAGACGAUUGCCCGCCUGCAGGCCCUGGCCAAAAGAACUGGUGUGACAAUGGAAAAAAUGACCAUCACGGCUCCCCUUGCAGAGAAGGAGAAGGAUGGGAAGUUGCCCUGUGAGGAGGUGGAGUUGAGGGACUACAAACUGAACGUGCAGCUUCGCGAGGUGUUCGCCAACCGCUUCACGCAGAUGUUCGCAGACUAUGAGGCUUUCGUCAUUCAGGCUGCCCCCGAUAUGGAGUCGUGGCUGACAAACAGGGAACAAAUGCAAAACUUUGACAAAGCUUCCUUCCUUUCGGACCAACCUGAGCCUUACCUCCCAUUCCUUUCACACUUCAUCGAAACACAGAUGUUUGCAACCUUCAUAGACAAUAAGAUAAUCUCCCAGUGGGAAGAGAAGGACCCUUUUCUGCGAGUUUUUGAUUCCCGAAUUGAGAAAAUAAAGCUGUAUAAUGUAAGGGCCCCUGCACUGCGGACAUCCAACUAUCAGAAAUGCAGCACUUUGAAAGAAGCAGGUCGACUGUCUAUUCAGCGUCUAGUUUUGGUAGAUAUUGUGGCACCGGAACCUCAUUUUCUGUCUUGUGAAACGCAGCAAACAGAUACUCAGUCUAUCGAGCAGCGGCUGAUGAAGAUCGAUCACACGGCUAUCCACCCACACUUACUUGAUAUGAAGAUUGGCCAAGGGAAAUACGAACAAGGAUUUUUCCCAAAGUUGCAAUCAGAUGUCUUGGCAACAGGACCCACCAAUAACAACCGCUGGGCCAGUCGCAGCACCACCACGCAGCGGAGGAAGGACCGCUUGCGGCAGCACUCGGAGCAUAUUGGGCUGGACAACGAUUUGAGGGAGCCAUCGGAGGAGCUUUUGCUUCGUCAGAACUCAAUGGCCUUCUGGGAGUGGGAUCAGGGACCACCCCCUCCUGCACGGCCUCCUAAAAAAUCCUUCUCUGAGUGCUGCCUGAAAUACAUGCAGGAGGCGAGGAGUUUAGGAAAAAAUUUAAGGCAGCCCAAACUCUCAGACCUCUCUCCAGCUGUGAUUGCACAGACCAACUGGAAAUUUGUGGAAGGGUUACUGAAGGAAUGUCGUGUGAAGACUAAACGUAUGUUGGUAGAGAAGAUGGGCCAUGAAGCAGUCGAGCUGGGACAUGGAGAAGCCAACAUAACAGGUCUGGAGGAAAAUACAUUGAUUGCUAGUCUCUGUGAUCUGUUAGAAAGAAUCUGGAGCCACGGUCUGCAGGUCAAGCAGGGAAAAUCUGCUUUGUGGUCCCAUUUACUUCAGUACCAGGAGAGAGAAGAGAAGCAAGAGCAUAGUGCAGAGUCUCCAGUUGCUGUUGGAACAGAAAGACGGAAGUCUGAUACAGGAAUUACUCUGCCUACUUUGAGGGUUUCCCUGAUACAAGAUAUGAGGCAUGUUCAGAACAUGAGUGAAAUAAAGACCGAUGUGGGACGAGCCCGAGCCUGGAUAAGGCUUUCUCUGGAGAAGAAGCUUUUGUCUCAGCACCUGAAGCAGCUGCUUUCCAACCAGGCUCUUGCCAAGAAGCUUUACAAGCGUUACGCUUUCCUGCGCUGUGAAGAAGAACGGGAGCAGUUCUUGUAUCACCUGCUCUCACUCAAUGCUGUGGAUUACUUCUGCUUCACAAGCGUCUUCACCACAAUCAUGAUCCCUUACAGGUCAGUGAUAAUUCCCAUCAAAAAACUGAGCAAUGCAAUAACCACAUCAAAUCCAUGGAUAUGUGUAUCAGGGGAACUAGGAGAUACAGGUGUAAUGCAGAUUCCUAAAAACCACCUAGAAAUGACAUUUGAGUGCCAGAACUUAGGGAAGCUGACGACCGUUCAGAUUGGUCAUGACAACUCAGGGCUACUGGCCAAGUGGCUGGUUGAUUGUGUCAUGGUCAGAAAUGAAAUAACAGGACACACGUACAAGUUUCCCUGUGGGAGAUGGCUGGGGAAAGGUGUUGAUGAUGGCAGCCUGGAGCGAAUACUCAUUGGAGAGCUGGUGUCCUCCACAUCUGAUGAAGAGCUGGGGAAGCAGUGCCGUACCCCACCGCAGCAGAAAUCUCCUACCACAGCUCGACGGCUUAGCAUCACUUCCCUCACAGGGAAGAACAACAAACCUAAUGCGGGACAGAUCCAAGAGGGAAUUGGGGAAGCUGUGAACAAUAUUGUGAAGCACUUUCACAAGCCAGAGAAAGAGAGAGGGAGCCUUACCAUUCUGCUGUGUGGAGAGAAUGGCCUGGUUGCAGCACUGGAGCAGGUCUUUCACCAUGGAUUCAAAUCUGCUCGCAUUUUUCAUAAGAAUGUCUUCAUCUGGGAUUUCAUAGAGAAAGCUGUUGCUUAUUUUGAAACCAGUGACCAGAUUGGAGAUAAUGAGGAGGCCCUUUUGCUUCAGAGAUCUUCAUGCAAAACCUUCUGUCAUUAUGUGAAUGCCAUCAAUACUGCUCCAAGGAACAUUGGAAAGGAUGGCAAAUUCCAGAUUCUGGUUUGCCUGGGGACAAGGGACCACUUGCUCUCUCAGUGGAUCCCAUUGCUGGCAGAAUGCCCGCCCAUUACAAGGAUGUAUGAGGAGAAUGCUCUCCUACGGGACCGCAUGACUGUCAACUCCCUUAUCCGAGUCCUACAGACAUUGCAAGAUUUCAAUAUCAUCCUAGAAGGAUCUCUCAUUAAAGGAGUGGAUGUUUAGCAUGGCUUUGCUGAGAACUUCAUUAUUCCUUUCCCAAGCAAGCAAACCACAAUUGGAGACCUGUCAGGACUUGAACACGAUGGUAGUGCACCACUGUAAGGCAAAGCUGCCAGUUGAAAUGGGAGUGGGAAGCCCAGUUUGUGCCUGAUGGGGACUGUCCUCUAAAGCUGCAGAAAGCUAAGAUGCAGUGUUGUAGUUUAUUUGAAACAGAAAUUUAGUAUAAAAUAGAGUAUUUUCAUGUGUUAGAUGUGUGUAAAUAUGCUAUCUUCUUUAAGAAAUUAUACUACUCUAAGAAAUUUUUCUUAGACUGAAUGUUCUUGUUCUGACUAUGAGUAGCUUAAACCCAGGGAAGGACUGGGGGGAGGGAAGGACCGAGGCGGGAAGGGAUGCCGCUACUUGCUUGCAAGGAAGAAGCCAAUCAAUGUGUAAAUACAGUGCAAACUCAGCAGGGCUUUUUUCAGGUAUUGCAAAUUAAUACAGCAAAUAUCCUUAUGUAGCCAUUGUGAUUGUCUCACUCUUGGAAAUGUUGUAAGCAUAUAUGCUGUCUUACCCUACUGUACAUGGGCUCUCUUAGUUCUUUGUUUGUUCAAAGACUCAAGCCAUUCCGUGCAUGGAAGUUGUGAGUCGUCAUGUUUUUUUUCUGUUAGGUUUUAUGUGUCACUUCUGUUGAUCUCCAAAAAGGGAGACAAGUGUUGAAACGCUUGAACACUGGCGAGGAGGACUGCUGUCAGCCUCAGAGCCUGAGAGUAUGAGAGACCUGUGUAAGGGGUGCUGCUGCAGCCUGAGAUGGGAAACGAUGGCUUGCUUGAGUCGCUUGGUGUAUCCCUUGCCUAUCUAGAUAUUCAGAUGAUUCUCCCUCGCCCUCAGCCAGUUUGUGUUGUGGAUGACUUCUUUUUUCCCCAUGUUGAGGAAUUUGGUUCAUACCAAAUUCUUGCUGUACUUGAGAAUAAUCAUUGCUGUAGAGCCACAAACAUGGAUGUUGCUGUGCUACUGAACUGUAUCAGCUGGUUUUGAAAUGCUGACAGAUUAUGAGUCUUCCUUUAUCCCACACAAUAAGUGUUCCUAGGAAGUACAGGGAUCUUUGAUUGAUACUCUUUCUUUUUUCCUUUUUUUUCCCCUAGAUUAUUAAAAAAAAAAAAAAAAAUGGAGGGGGAAGAAAGCAAAAGGAGGGGAAAAAAGAAUCUUACUUUUGUAUUUUGUGGCUCUCUCUUUCCAGUUAAUGUGUUACUAAUACAGUGAGUAUAUAGAGAUACAGCUCUUGAAGAGGAACUGGGAUCAACUGAAAUCCUGUAUACUAAAAAUUUAACAAGAGAUUACAUUAAAAUCAUCUUGAGGAUACCAUGCAGCAAAUGCAGAGUAUGUUUUCUGUCUUAUGGAUAGGAGUUGGAAGGAUCUGAGGGCAUAGCUGGCUUCAUCUGGUUUUAGGUUUUGGAGCUUAGUUUAAAUAUAGGUGUUUGUUUCACUUGUUUAUUCCCAUUUUGUCAGUGGAUUUCUGUGGAUGUCUCACUGUCAGCUGUGGAUUGGGAAAGGCCCUAACUGGUAUUGUGAGGUUAUUGCCUUGUGCUGUGCUCUCAAGUGGCAUUAGGAGGGGAGUGUUGGGCAGUAGCAGGUCUCGAUAUGGUUUGCACGUGCUGGAGAGAGGAAUAAGAGCUAAGAAAAAGGAAAGAGGAAGAAAAUUAGGGUUUGCUUUCUCCCCUGCCUUUUGCCAAGCUUCUCUGUUUUCCUGUGAUCCUUCUGCUGUCCAGUUCUUACAACAACACUUGCUUUAGUGUAAAAGUUUCACGUCAUAUUCCCAGCCAGAAGAAAACUCUUAUGUGACUUUAUUUCAUUAACAGGGAGAGGUUUAUGCUAUAGAAGGGGUUUUUAUUUUUAAGAAAGAAGAAAACAACACUGUCAGGGAGUCAUUGACUUUUAUGAGGGUUCCACUUUUUAAUAACCGUUCUUUCCGCCUGGGCUUGUACUUCCUUAAACUGACUAAACUCAUCCCAAAUACUGUAGACAGCACUGCCAUGUCACUGCUGUGGGUGUGAGUAACUAACGUAAAGGCUGUGAAUGGUGUCAUGAGAUAGAAGCCAGAGCCCACGGAUGUGCGACAUCUCUCUUGCAUUUCCAGAAAUGUGAAAUUUGAGGUGUGAGGCUUUUCAGGGUGGCCAGGCAAUUCUGCUUAAAGUCAGCAGAAGAUACAUGACAACCCUUCAGCAGCAACUGAAAAUGUGUCCCUAAUACUUAACUCUAUCAAUAAAUUACACAUUUAGCACCAGAAACCAUGUGGCAGCAUUAUUUGGUAAUGACUACUUAGGAUGUUUUGAUUUCUAUUGCAACUCAGGCCUUUUAUGUCUAAUUACUGCUAUACAUGAUUUUCUUCAAGCCCAAACCAGUCUAAGUGACUUUCAUUUUACUGAAAUAACAACCUCUUUAGUCCUUGGAUUUCUUUGCAGCAUCAUCUGCAUUUGCUAGCUAGAUACUUCUCAAAAGUACACUGCUGCAUACUUCUGUAAAGACUAUGACUUCAGCAGUCGUAACAGUCAUCCGACAUGAUUCAGUUCAAGUGCAAGCAGGAUAAAGUAGAAAUACGGGCACCUCUAAAGGUCAAGCAUAGAUGAAUAAACCACACACAGAGAAAAGGGCAAUAACUAAAUAAAGUGUUUCUUAAGUUAAAACAAGUCAAAACCUGAGAAAUUUUCAAAUUCAAAACAGGACCUUCCCCCCUUUCAAGCUACAUUAAGGAACCUUUAGCCCUUUAACACAACUUCACGUUGGCUUUUUCAGCAAGUAUUGACUUGUUUGGUUUUUUCAGGUUUCCCAUCAUUUGCAAUAAAAAUUAUGUAUGCCUAAUAUUUCCCUGUAGGCAAUAAAACACCCUAAGAUAUGUCGAAAGGGGCAGAGCUGAGUGCCUCAGAUUCCUGGAAGACUUCUUAUUUGACAACUUUGGAAGUACGAUUCUUUGUAGUGAAUUUUUAUUCUACCCUGUAUUUUUUUCCUUAGUAGACCACUUUUGUUUCUUGGAAACCAUGAGUUUUCUUCUCUAAGGUUUAUAGAUACCAUUCUACCCAUUAGGAUGGUGAGAAACCCAUCAGGAUUCUUCUAAGCUAACACAGUUUUUACUUCAGUGUUAAAGCACCUUCUGUGGUUGAGAAAGGGAAACUUGGAAAAGACCAAAGCUAUCUGGUGUCUGCUUUUUUUUAAAGAAGAAAAAAUUCUAUCCAGUACCCAUCUGCAGGUGUCUGAGUUUGCAUCGUCCUGUUAUACUAACAUCCAGCAUGAUAACUUGAGGGAGUCAAAGAAUCAAAUGCCUCACUGUGUACAAAAUGUGUAUUUAUAAUUCUCUGAAAUGAAUGAAAUUCUACUGUUUAGUGAGAAAUCUGCUCAUGUUUAUUCCGAGUUGGUUUGUGUAAUUAGAUAUCAUUGUUCAAAAAUGUCUUUUUAGAAGGGUUGCGCAAUGGCAUAUUUGAGAAAAUUCCUCUUUUCAGUCAAGUGAAGGUGCGCAUCUUAAGGGAAAAUAUUGUAUGUUACACUUGAAAUGUACAAAUGUGCCCUGUAUAGCUUAAAAUGAUCCUUACAUGUCUCCAUUAAGUAUAUUUUGUCUUUACAUUAUUACUAACUGAAUAAGAACUGGAUAAUUUUCAAGACGACAUGAGUAAAAGUAUUGUUAUAUCAAGCACUUUAACAUACAUACCACAAACUGACAUGAGUUUUUCAGGUUUUGAAGUACAUUGAAAUACAGCUUUUCAUGCUAGUCCUUUACAAAUAAAACUGUGAGAACAAA